AUGCCUGCUAAACGAAAGCAUAACAGCAAUGCUCAAGGUGCCGAUUUGACAGCAUACCAUUUUAACAAUAGAUAUACCUCCCAGCCGUUUCAUGUCUCGCAGUUGCAACAAACAGUUUACCCGGGCGAGUUACAAAACUUGUGGCUGCAGCAAGCUGUUCCGAUACCCCAAGCCUACUACUCUAUGUCCCCGCAGGGAAACUAUCCUCCCGGUUUUGUGCCCGUGCCAAAUUUACCUCCUCAGGGUAACAUAACCACAUCGUCUAAAAGACGUGAGCGGGGUAAUAGAACUCACGGCGCUAACCGUGGAAUGGAUGCGGAUCGGAACUUGUUUUCUGGACAACAUUCUGUGACUGCUCCAGUUUUGCCAUACUCAAACGCACGCAAUGACGUCGACGAAUCUCCUUGGACAAAGAAAAAUCUGCAUGCUAUGGUGAAAGCCUUUGUAGACGAUCCGAAUGCUAAUGAAAUGUCAUUUCCCCCUACCUUGUCUGCUGCGGAACGUCAUUUGGUACACCAAGCCGCAUUGAAUUUUAAUUUGCACCAUCGUUCUACGGGAAGCAAAUCUGAACGCGUCUUAACUUUAAAGAAAAUCGGAAGUAUUGCUCUUCAAGAAAAGGAUCGGGAAAUUGCGGCCCUUAAUGGUAUUCGUGUAAAAACAAUUGACGGAUAUCAAGGUGCUCAAAGGCUUCCUGACGAAGAUGUGAAAUUAAGAUUGAAUGAGAUCAGAACUUUAAUAAAUCCUUUUCUGCGAAAGAUGUAUAGACAGUUGAAGGCAACAGCUGAGAGACCCCCAAAAGCACGUCAUUUGACUGUCGUACAACCAGGACUAAACAAGGUUCCGCAAGGAGGUAUUCAACAUCAGAGAUACAAGGAGUUACAGGAGUUUCGCCGCUCCUUACCUGCUUAUAGGCGAAAAGAUGAAAUUAUUAAUGCUAUGAGGGACAACAAUGUUUUGAUUGUGAGUGGGGAUACUGGAUGUGGUAAGACAACUCAAAUACCUCAAAUGUUGUAUGAUUCUGAUGUGUUUCAGAAGGACCUGGAAAUUAUUUGCACGCAACCUCGCAGAAUCAGUGCACUCUCUGUUGCGCAACGUGUAGCUGAAGAGCGUGGUGAAAGUUGUGGGGCCAGUUGCGGCUAUAUUAUACGUUUUGACAACGUAACGAGCUCUAGUACCAAGAUUGUAUAUAUGACAACCGGGAUAUUGCUGCGUCGUCUACACACGGAUCCUGAAUUAACUGGUGUUUCGUGUAUCCUUGUAGACGAAGUGCAUGAAAGGGAUGUAGAAACGGAUUUUUGUUUAUUGUUGCUACGUGACAGGCUAAUAGAACAACAGCGAAAAAACCCACGCUACAAAAACCAUGUGAAAGUCGUGGUUAUGUCUGCCACUAUACAAAUAGAGAAGGUAACAUCAUAUUUUACCGACGUUUGUGGUGGAAGGGCACCACCUGUCAUUAGCAUUCCAGGGACUUUGUUUCCUGUAACGGAAUGCUUUCUUGAGGAGGCUUUAAAAUGGACUCAAAUGCCCCCCUCUGCAGUUCCCGCCAUCGCCAUGUUGAGUAAUAUUUCGAAAGAGAAGGCCAAUGAGGGACUUUCAGAGGACAGAAAUAAUUACUCUCUU